AAGUGUGCGUAUCGCGUUGUUUGUGACUGUUUGGCUUUGGGAGCUUAAAAUAUUGGUUGGUUGCUGCAAGACCAUUAUCUGCAAGAGAAGUAAACUAAGCUAUGCUAACAAGGCAGAUAGGCAACACGUCGGAGCCACACCGUAAACGUAGACACUGGGGAGGACAGCCAAGAGAGAUGCGGACAGAGCAACAUUUAAAUUGCGAAGGAUGUUAAUUUUGCAUGUCCUAGCUUGAUACCGCUGCCACAACAAGCUGGGACCCAUUUAGAUUGCUGAAUAAAAGCGACGACGUUAAGGUCGUUUUUUAUAAAGAUAGGAAUAGCUUAGAAUUUCAAUGUUAUUGUUAAAAAGCUUCGGUCGAUCACAAUGUCAUAUUCUGGCAAUUUGGUUUGGGAUGUAAAUAAACGUUCAAUUGGAUACAACGAUCCUAAUAACAUCAGGACCAACUAUUUAGGUAGGAGAGAGUUUGUGCAGCGGCUCAAACUUGAAGCAACGCUGAAUGUACAUGAUGGCUGUGUCAACACUAUAUCCUGGAAUGAAACGGGAGAAUACAUCCUGUCUGGUUCUGAUGAUACCUUCCUUGUCAUCACCAACCCAUACAACAGAAAGGUCAAGAAGUCGAUACGGUCGGGUCACAGGGCCAACAUCUUCAGCGCUAAGUUCAUGCCCCACACCAACGACCAGGAGAUCAUCUCCUGCUCGGGGGACGGCAUCAUCUACUACACGCACACGGAGAAGAGUCUGGAGCUGAACAGGCAGUGUCAGUUCUCCUGCCAUUACGGAACCGCUUACGAGAUUAUGACGGUACCGAACGACCCAUACACGUUCCUGUCGUGCGGAGAGGAUGGGACUGUGCGGUGGUUUGACCUGCGAACCAAGACCAGCUGCACUAAAGAAGACUGCAAAGAUGACAUACUGAUAAACUGCCGGCGGGCCGCCACCUCCAUAUCCAUCUCCCCCCUGGUGCCCUACUACCUGGCCGUGGGCUGCUCCGACAGCUCGGUCCGCAUCUACGACCGGCGCAUGCUGGGGACCAGAGCUACGGGUAACUACAUGGGCCGCGGUACGACGGGGAUGUGCGUGCGCUUCGUGCCCGCCCACCUGUCCAACAAGUCGUGCCGCGUGACCUCGCUGUGCUACAGCGGGGACAGCAAGGAGGUGCUGGUCAGCUACUCCUCGGACUACAUCUACCUGUUCGACCCGGUCGACGACCAGGCCCGCCAGCUGAAGGGUCCGUCCGACGAGAGGCGGGAGGAGCUCAGACAGCCUCCAGUCAAGCGUCUCCGUCUCCGAGGGGACUGGUCUGACACCGGGCCCCGCGCUCGCCCCGAGAGCGAGAGAGAGCGGGAUGGCGAGCAGAGCCCCAACGUGUCGCUGAUGCAGCGGAUGUCCGACAUGCUGUCCCGCUGGUUCGAGGAGGCCAGCGAGGCUCAGGGAAACAGGGGAGGCCGGCCCCAGACCAGACCCAGAGGGACAGCCAUCCGUCCAGAGAUAGGCUCCAGUAGCCAGAUGGACUCCAGCGCCCCACCGGCCGCCACGGAGACCCCCACUCAGGCCCCAAGCACUUCAGAGACCCCCACUCAGGCCCCAAGCACUUCAGAGACCCCGACUCAGGGUCCCAGCACUUCAGAGACCACAACUGAGGGUCCUGCCACUUCAGAGACCCCCACCGUAUCUCCCAGCACCUUCAGAGACCCCCACUCAGGGUCCCAGCACUUCAGAGAGGCCCACGGCGGUGGAGGCCAGCCCCACACUGCCUGCUGCCCCCCCCCCCCCCCCCCCGUCCACCUCCACCUCCACCUCCACCUCGGGGACGUCGCCGGCGUUACCGCGCAGCCCGCCUCCAGCGCGUCGACGUCGCUGGAGCCCUCCUCUUCGUCCCUCGCCUCCUCCCCGGACGCGGAGCCGAGCGGUCACGCCGAGCCCGCCGGUGACCCCGCCGCCGCCCCCACCCCCGCACACACAUCUGGCCCGGCUGCACCCUCAGGUAAGCACACACACACACACACAGUGACACACACACACACACACACACACACACACACACACACACACACCACACACACACACACACACACACACACAGUCACACACACACUCCCCCUUUUCAGUGUUUUACCUCCUCUGUUUGCCUCUCCCCCCCCUCGCCUCCCCGUUCGGUCGUGCCCCCCGGUAGAGUUCGGUCCUCACCGGCUCCCCAUCAGCCUAGUGUGCCGGCGGCUGCAGCGGCUGCUCCAGCUGGCCGCGCCCCCGGGUCAGGGCGGCGAGCGGGUGGGCCUCGGCCACCCCCCGCUGACCCGCCCCCCCGAGAGAGACAGUCCCCCAGAGCCCCCCCCCACAGCCGCUGCCGAGGGCCACGAGUCCCUCCGCCCAGAUUCCCCCUCGUCUGUGGUAAACAAACAGCUUGGCUCCAUGACUCUGAAUGAGCCGCAGGGGCGACCAGAGGCCGGGCGGUCGGCUCCCAGGGAGGCCGAGAGCGUACCAGCCAGCGUGUCGGUGGCACCAGGGACCUCCACCUCUUCCUCCUCCGCCCCCGGUUCCACCACGGGCCGGGCUGGCGCUACAGAACCCGUCCUCAGCCUGCACUACAGCUCUGAGGGAACCACCACCAGCACCAUCAAACUGGACUUCACCGACGAGUGGAGCAGCAGAGCCGCCAGCUCCAGGGGCAGCGGCGGGCCCAAAGUCUCUGCACCGGCUGCCGUCGACAGCCGAGCCAGCCUGUCUGCGGAGGGACGAGGGGCCCGGUCUGUGGAGGGCCGAGAGGCCCUGUCUGUGGAGGGCCCUGCAGCAGAGCCAGCUCCUGCGGCGGCCGCCCCCGGCCCCGGCCCCGAGUCGUCACGGGCCAACCCCCCGUCCGAGGCCUCUCCCCAGGGGGCGGGGGGCGCUCCGCCGGCCCUCGAGCGGAACCCGCCGGAGGGCAUGGAGGACACGUCCGGGGGCUGCCGGAGAGAGGAGCCCCCGGGAGAGGGGGUCCCCGAGGGGACGCCGCAGGGCGCGGGGGGGCAGGGGGGUCCGCCCGCCCGGGGGAACCCCGACUCGGACGACAGCGACGACGACCCCAUCCUCAUCCCCUCCACGAGGUUCAGAGGGGGGCAGGGCCAGCGAUUUAAUACGAGAGGAUCUGCGGUAGGCGAUAGGAUGAUCAGGCGCUCCGCAGCGGCCCGCAUCCAGGAGCUGUUCCGCCGGAGGAAGGAACGGAGGGAGAUGGAGGAGAGCGAGACCCAGAACAUCCGGAGGCCUUCGGUCAAAAUGGUCUACAAGGGCCACCGUAACUCUCGGACAAUGAUCAAAGAGUCGUGUUUCUGGGGCGACAACUUUGUGAUGAGCGGCUCGGACUGCGGCCACAUCUUCGUGUGGGACCGCCACUCGGGAGAGCACCUCAUGCUGCUGGAGGCCGACAACCACGUCGUCAACUGUCUGCAGCCCCACCCCUACGACCCCAUCAUGGCCUCUUCUGGGAUCGACUAUGAUAUCAAAAUCUGGUCGCCUCUGGAGCAGUCGCCUUCCUUCAACAGAGUCCUCGCUGAUGAGGUGAUCACUAGGAAUGAGCUAAUGCUGGAGGAGACCAGGAACACCAUCACAGUCCCCGCCUCCUUCAUGCUCCGGAUGCUGGCCUCACUAAAUCACAUUAGAUCAGAUCGGCUGGAGGGAGAUCGCUCAGAAGGUUCUGGGCAGGAGAACGAGGACUAGCGUUAGCUACUUGACGUUUUAAUUUAAUUAAAAAAAUAAAACACAAAAAACAUAUUCUUUUGUUUUUUGCUCGUAAGCACUUGUGAACCCAAGAUUUGUACAUGUCUACUGUAGAAUACUUCCUGAUGAGAAUUUCUAUGCCCCUCUCAUCGCUUUUUUAAGAAGAAUUUCUUACUAAUGUUUCUGAAUGAGGGUAAAAAAAAAAAGUUUAAUAAAGAUCUGGGAAAUAAUAGGAGUGGAUGCAAGGGGAGGGAAUGUCCUCUAAAAGAGUGAAAGAUAAGUUUGUGAGGAUGGAAAGUGCAAUAUUAUUUAGUCAGGAGAAUGGGAGCUUAAUCAGUGUUAUGUGUGGUGUUUUCUUUUUUGUAGCAAAAGGCAAAGAACUUCAACCUUUAUGUACUGCACUGGCGGUUCCGCAUGUCAACACGAAUCGUGCUUCAAUUUAAACUAUACCCUUUUUGAGUUUGUGUUCUUUUUUUUGUUAUUGAAACAAAGCUGUAUUUUCUCAUCCCCAAAAGGGUUAAGUCAACAAAACAAUCCGUUGCCCAUUUCUUUUGUGUUGCAAAAAGUUUCUGGAGUAGAUGUUUUUUCAGAUAUGUUUCUGUUAAGGCCUGGCACACUGCCUGGGCAUCUCGUCUCACCAGUGAAUGAAAAAAUAAAUUCAUUCCGAAACAAAUCA